UGCGCGAGGGCAGGAAAGGACGGGAGGGAAAACCGGAGACAAAAACCCAAAACCGGCGACCAAGCAACAGACGGACCGAAAGAGCGGUGGUCCCGGCCAGCGAGUCCCGCCGCUUUAAGCCUGAGAUCACGCGGGGUCAGAACGAGCGGAGAACCGAAAAGCGAGCAGAGCACAAGGGGUUAACACAGAGCACUGUAAGACCACCGGGGUUUUUAGGCAGUUUAUCGUAACGGACAGUCCCACCAUCACCAUGUCAAGUGCCAUGUCUGCCAGCUCUGACCUCAGUAAGUCCGUACGGGACAAGUACAUGCGCCUACCACAGGGGGACAAGGUGCAGGUCACCUACAUUUGGAUCAAUAGCACCGGAGAAGGCCUGCACUGCAAGACAAGGACUCUGGACUCAGAGCCCAAGGGCAUCGAAGAUGUUCCCGAGUGGAAUUUCUAUGGUUACAGUGUCUACUGGCCAGAUGGCUCCAACAAAGACAUGUACCUGAUGCCCGUGUGCCUGUUCAGGGACCCCUUCACGCUGGACCCCAACAAGCUGGUGCUGUGCGAGGUGCUCAGGCACAACCGCAAGCCAACAGGGACCAACUUUCGCAGCAGCUGCCGUCAGGUGAUGGAGCAGGCCGGGCACAGCCACCCUUGGUUUGGCAUGGAGCAAGAAUACUCGCUGCUGGCCAUCGAUAAGCACCCCUUUGGUUGGCCCAAGAAUGGCUACCCUGGACCCCAAGGUCCCCAUUGGUGUGGUGUUGGCACCGACAAAGUCUACGGCCGAGACAUUGCAGAGAGCCACUACAAGGCCUGUCUGUAUGCUGGGGUGAAGAUCACUGGUGCCAAUGCAGAGGCUGUGCCCUCUCAGUGGGAGUUCCAGGUGGGGCCCUGCGAGGGCAUUGCCAUGGGCGAUCACCUGUGGAUGGCACGCUUCCUGCUGCACCGUGUCUGUGAAGACUUCGGGGUGGUGGCCACGCUUGACCCCAAGCCGAUUGUGGGUAACUGGCAUGGGGCAGGGUGUCACACCAACUUCAGCACGGAGGCCAUGCGUAACCAGGGGGGACUUCAGCAUAUCGAGGAGGCCAUCGAGAAGCUGAGCAAGCGACACUCGUAUCACAUCCGCAUGUACGACCCUAAAGGGGGCGCCGACAACUCCCGCCGCCUGACUGGCUCCCACGAGACCUCCAGCAUCCACGAGUUCUCUGCUGGCAUCGACAACCGUAAUGCCAGCAUCCGCAUCCCCCAGCAUGUUGGAAAAGGUGGCUGUGGCUACUUUGAGGACCGGCGCCCUGCUGCCAACUGUGACCCGUAUGCUGUGACAGAGGCCAUCACCCGCACGUGUGUGCUGAACGAGACGGAGCCUGUGCCCGUGGGCGAGGUGCCAUGAGGAUGACUUCUGUCUUCACUGCCAUCUUCUUCUGGCACUUAUUUGAAUUGACCAUUGGUUACUGCUGGUCACUUUGCUCUGAUGGCACUUAAUAAAUAAAUUUGGGUUCAAAUCCGGUGCCUGUGUGGAAAGUGCCAUCCUCUGGCUGACUGUAGAUGGCAGAUCUGACCGAGUUGUUGUGCCCUCUCUGCCACUCGUGCUGUGGUGAUGUCUCUGAACAUAUUAGGGUGCUGUGAUGCCCACUUUCUAUGAGAGCUGAAGUUGGACUGCUGGUAGAUGCCCGUGGCCUGGGCACUGUCACAGUCACUUCACUUACUCUUAGCUGGCGAUGACAGACACGUUGAGUCCAGAGCCCCCCGUUUCCCAUUUUCUCACAGGCAGAUACCCACUGGUUAGUUUAUCUC